AUGGGAAAAUCGGGCCUCAACUCGAUCUUCUCGUGGCAGCUUGUAGCGAUCGUGCAGCUAUUUUUUCUACUAAUUGCAACUCAUUCUCAUAAUUCGGAUAGACAUAAGCAUGGGAAAGGCAGAAGAAGCCAUGCUGGUGCUGGAGUGCAUUUGCUUCAACAAAACCAUACCGUUUCGUUGACAAAUGGGAUUGUCAACGUCUUAUUGACAAUACCGGAUGGUAAUGUUAUCAGUGUAACAUACAAAGGGGGUGACAAUUUGCUUGAAACUCAAAACAAAGAAAAUGAUAGAGGGUAUUGGGAUCUUAUCUGGAACAAGCCCGGGGCUCCGACUAGCAUGGAUAAGCUAGAAGGAACGAGUUAUAAGAUUAUCGUUCAAAAUAAUGAUCAAACGGAGAUAUCGUUCACUAGAACAUGGGCAGUCGGCAGUGCACGAAUGCCUUUAAAUAUCGAUAAGAGAUUCGUAAUGCUAAAAGACUCCCCGGGAUUUUAUACGUACACCGUGCUCGAGCGCUUAAAAGGAUGGCCUGCUUUCGAUAUUCAAGAAGGAAGAUUUCUUUUCAAGCUUCAAGAAAACAAAUUUCAUUACAUGGCUAUGUCGGACGAUAGGCAAAGAGUUAUGCCAAUGCCCGUUGACCGUAUACCCGGUCACGGUCAACCUCUCGAUUAUCCGGAAGCUGUUCUCUUAACGAAUCCAACUAAUCCCCAGCUCAAAGGAGAGGUGGACGAUAAAUAUUUAUACUCGUGCGAUAAUAAAGAUAACAAGGUCCACGGUUGGGUAAGCAGUGAUCAAGGAGUCGGGUUUUGGAUGAUAACGCCUAGCAACGAGUUUCGUACGGGUGGGCCCCUCAAACAAGAUCUCACUUCUCAUGUUGGACCAACCCUACUUUCUAUGUUUAUUAGCACACAUUAUGCUGGCGAAGAUCUUGCACUCAAGUUUCAGACCGGCGAUUACUGGAAAAAGGUUCUCGGUCCGGUUUUCGUUUAUCUAAACUCCGACCCUUCGGCCAAGACUAAUCCUUCCGUCCUUUGGAAUGAUGCCAAACAAAGGAUGCAAAAGGAGGUAAGCAGUUGGCCAUAUAAUUUCCCACUUUCAGUAGAUUUCCUUAAAUCUAACCAAAGGGGAGCUGUCAAAGGUCAAUUACUUGUUCAUGACUGGUACAAAAAUAAGAUGGCUGAGCCUGGAGCAUCAGCUUAUGUGGGAUUGGCACCACAAGGAGGCCCUGGAUCAUGGCAAUUUGAAAACAAGGGCUACCAAUUUUGGACACAAGCCGACCAACACGGGAAUUUUGCGAUUACGAAUGUAGUGCCCGGAACUUACAGCUUGUUUGCAUGGGUGCCUGGAUUCGUCGGAGAUUACAAACAUGCUUCAGACAUAACUAUCACACCGGGAUCAAAUAUUCAGGCAACUAAUGUUGUUUUUGUUCCUCCGAGAAAAGGCGCAACUUUGUGGGAGAUUGGAGUUCCCGAUCGAACGGCUGCCGAGUUUUUCAUACCCGAUCCUAACCCUUCAUUCAAGACGUAUCCAUAUAGAGCACCUGUCGAAAAGUUCAGACAGUACGGACUUUGGGCACGUUACAAGGAUAUUCAUCCGGUGACGGACCAAGUUUACACCGUGGGAUUAAGUGAUUAUAAAAAGGACUGGUUUUUCGCGCAUGUUCCUAAGAAUGUGGGACCUAGACAAUUUGCUGCAACAACAUGGCAAAUAAUAUUUGACCUCAAGAGUAUUGCUAAAGGGAGUUACACUCUCCAAUUAGCACUUGCAUCAGCUAAUGCAGCUGAAGUACAAGUACGAGUGAAUAAUCCGAAUUCGGCAGCACUAUUUACAACAAGAUUAAUCGGUAAGGACAAUGCAAUAGCAAGACAUGGAAUUCAUGGGUUGUACCAUUUAUUCAGCAUCGACAUACCAGGCACUCAGCUCGUCGUCGGGAAAAAUACCAUUUUCUUAACUCAGGCAAGAAGCAUAUCGCCCUUCUGCGAAGUCAUGUACGAUUAUAUACGUUUAGAAGGGCCUGCCUAA